AUGUACAAGACACCCAAGACGCACAAAAGCUCUCAGAAGAAAACUCAUGAGAGGAAGAAAAAGAAAGAAAAGAAGAUUGAACCCUCUCCAGCAAGAAAAAGAAAGCAUGUACCUGAUUCUGAUUCUGAGCCAGAUGUUAGACAAGAUGUUCCUGACAUAUCAACCACAGCCAAAAAAAGAAUGAAAGGUAAGAGGAUUCCUCAAUAUGUUCCUGAUGCUCCUGUGGACAAUGUGUCCUUUCAUUUUCCAGACCCUAUUGCUCAAAGGAGGCUUGCUAUUGAAAGGGAACUACAUGAAGAUGCCUUGGAACUCAAGGAAAUCAUGGAGGUCAUCUCUGCUGCUGGUUUGAUGAAGACUGUCAAGGAUCUUGGCAGAUGUUUUGACAAGCUUGUUAGGGAGUUCAUUGUGAACAUCCCUGCUGAUUGUGAUGAUACUUCCAGUGCUGAGUACAGGAAGGUGUUUGUGAGGGGGAAGUGCAUCAAUUUCUCUCCUGAAGUGAUCAAUGAAUUUUUGGGCAGAAGCCCUGCUGCUGUGGCUCAGGGGGAGCCUGAUUUGAAUAGGGUUGCUACAACCCUUACUGGGAAGUUGGUCAGGAAGUGGCCUACGAAGGGAUUGCUUCCAUCUGGGAGGCUUACUACCAAAUAUGUUGUUCUCUACAAGAUUGGUACUGCCAAUUGGAUGGCCACCAAUCACUUGUCUGGUGUGACUCCACCUCUGGCCAAAAUGCUUUAUUUGGUUGGAACAGGAGAGAUCAUUGCACAUCAACAACCUAACAUUGUGAGGGCUGAUGAAUCUCAAAGUAAGAAGCCCCUACCUCUCAAGUUUGAUUACCGGUUGUUUGAUGGGACACAUGUUCCAGACAUUGUGCUCUCUACAGCAAAGGGAACUGCCAGUGCCAGUGGCACUCAGGCAGUUGGUUCUAGCAAGGAAGACAUCUUGGCUGAGUUGAAGGCUGUCUCCAAGUCUCUUGGUGACACUAUUCAGGCUUGCAAGGUCAGAAAACUCAAUGUUGAUCAACUCAUCAAGGCUAUGUCAGAUGUUGCAACUGCUGCUGCUGAGGAAGAAAGUGAAGAAGAGGAAGCUGGAGAUGUUGCUGGUGAAGAAGAAGAUGCUGAGACUGAGGAGGCUGUAGAGGAAGACAAUGAAGAUGAAGAUGAAGAGGAUGUCACUGGUUCUCAGAGUUCUGCAACUCAGAGCACAUCUCUUUGA